UCCGAGAGAGAAAUAGAGAGACAAGAGAUUUGACAUGUCGGAGAUAAGUUUAUGGAACGAAUCACUUGUUGCUGGGUCUUUGACUCCAUCCAACCAAAAAACUUACAAAGUGACCAAGAGGGUUCAUGAAGGGAAGAAACCUUUGUGUUCUGUUGUUUUUAACUUCAUUGAUCCUCGUUUCUACAAUUUCUUUGUCACCGCUGGUGGAAAUGGGAUUAAUAUGUACAACUGUCUUGAAGAUGGAGGCAUAUCUUCAUUGCACUCUUACACUGAUGAAGAUAAGGAGGAGUCAUUUUACACUGCAAGCUGGACGUGUAGCCUCCUUGAAAGGAACCCAUUUGUUGCGGCUGGAGGAUUGAAAGGCAGAAUCCGAGUCCUUAACCUCCAAAAUAAUAUUAUUAAGACCCUUGUGGGCCACCAGGGUUCAGUGAAUGAAAUUAAGACACAUCCUAUGAUACCUCAACUUGUGCUUUCUGCUAGCAAUGAUGGAACUGUUCGAUUGUGGAAUGUUGAAACUGGGAUAUGUGUUCUGGUAUUUGCUGGUAGUGGAGGUCAUGAAUCCGCAGUUCUAAGUGUGGACUUUCAUCCUUAUGAUAUGCACCGUUUUGUUAGUUGUUGUAUGAAAACCACUACUAAGGUAUGGUCAAUGAAAGAGUUUGGGAAACAUGUCGACGAGUCAUUCACAUGGAAGGAUGAUCCAAAAACAUUCCAAACACAAGUUGUACAAUUCCCUGUAUUUACAGCUUCAGAUCGUAUGACUAUAGUAGAGUGUAACUGCUGGGUUGGUGAUUAUAUUCUUUCAAAGAGUAUGACGGAUAAGAUCCUGUUGUGGCAACCACAACUUAAAGAGAAUUCUCCUGGAGAGGUUACUUUAGAUGUUCUAUGUCGAUACCCUAUUCCAAAGUCUUAUCUCGGGCAUAUUAAGUUUUCCUGCGACCUCCCUAUGAAUUAUGUUUCAAUAGGGAAUCAGAAAGGCAAGAUUUAUGUCUGGGAUUUAAAGACUCGCCCUCCUGUUUUGAUUACAGUGUUAUCACACUAUCAAUCAAAGUCUUUGAUCAAGCAAACCGCUAUGUCUACUGAUGGAAACACAAUUCUUGCUGCCUCCGAGGACGGGACAUUAUGGCGUUGGGACGUGAAGAGGGUCUAGAAAAAGAUGUGCUGGCUAACUUUCUAGAAGUACAUAAGGAAUAAGGAAUAAUGAUAAGAGACAGGUCAGAGGAUCUGGGAUAACUGUCAGCUGGUGCUGCGAGUAUUUAAUUAGUCUGCUACCUUCUAGAAGUACAUAAGGAAUAAGGAAUAAUGAUAAGAGACAGGUCAGAGGAUCUGGGAUAACUGUCAGCUGGUGCUGUGAGUAUUUAAUUAGUCUAUAAGUAAAGAGUCUAAGGGGAGAGAUAUCAAUGAUUUGAUCAAGUGGUUGUAAAGAGACAAGAGUCUCUCGUGUGGAACGCUCUCUUUGUAAUCCUUGUUUUUGAAUCAAUAAUAGAAACAUUAUCUUCUCUUAAGUCACAAGUGUUCUUAUCAACAUGUUACAAUCUACUUAACACAAGCCAAGUAGUUUUUGUAGGAACUGAUGGAUUAGGAGUCUUAAGAUAUGCAUUGUUACAAAAGCGGAAUAUCUAUCUAGCAAUAAGCAUAUUGCUGUUUAUAUUGCUAUUCCCUGUGACCUGAAGAUCCUUAUUUAUAGCCUCAUUACCUUCACUUUGGUAACCAAACGUUUUUCCAAGGGAACAACAACAGUGGGUUCAAGUACGACACUACACACAACAACAAUAACUUCGAAGCUGCGCAUAACAACAGUAGCAGCAAGUACGACACUGCACACACCAACAGCAGCUUCGAAGCUGCGCAUAACAACAGUAGCAGCAACAGGUUUCAGCUUGUGUUUGAUUCUCCACCGUUCGAUAUGGCCUCAUUCGAUCACAGAGAUGAUAUGUCAAUGCCGGGAACGAUGGAUGCUAUGCAGCAGCAGAAGCAGCAAGAUGUAUCCAUUUGGUUCUAAGUCUUGGGGGGAAUAGAUUUCAUCUUCUCUUUAUUUUUAUCUCUUGUGUUCUUCUUACAUUCACUCUACAAUGUAAUAUUUUUCUGGGUCUGUCUCUCUGUCUCCUCGCUUGUAAUGUGUUUGUAAGAGUCUCUGAAACUCUCUGUUACUGUGUGUGUCUUGUUCUCGCCCUGGCGAAACUCUCUUAUCGUCAGCUUCUUUUAGUUUAUACACCCCAUACUCGGGGGACGAACAUAAUGUAAGUUUUCAUAUUUUAUAAAUGUAAUUUGGAGUUUCUCUUAA